AUGCCGCGAGCAUUUUGGAGUGUUCCCAUGGUAACUUUGGGGGAAUUUGACGCCCUCGAGGGGGCUAAGGCAACCUGUGUAUCAGAGUAUUAUGCAUAUCAGGAAGUGGAUAUUUUUGGACCUCACUUGUUACGCCUUUCUGCUGUCUGUGGAAAGACUUUUCUUAGUGCUCGAGUGAUUAGUGGACCCUUGUGUCCAGAAUAUAAGGAGCGGAUGAAGGCCGUUGUCGCACGUGUUCUUGCUUCAAAUGAAUCUAAUGAAGAAUCCGUGCUAAUGCUGGAUCCACUGGCCGGAGGAAUUGCCGGUAUGUCUUUUUGUUUGGAAGAUAUUUUAGCCCGCGGUGAAAAGCGUCGCUUCUGUAUUAUACUGACACAUCCUCAAAGUGCUGAACUUGUGCGUCAGUGGCCACUGGUCUCUUUAUUUCUAAAUAUUCUAUUGGAAGAAUGGUCUACUGCAACAAAAAAGCGCCUAGCAUUAGAGUAUUCCAUCUUUCCAGAUUUAGAAAGGUGUCGUGAAGAGGCGCGUAAACGCUCAAUGCGUUCAUUGAUGUGCUUGAUAUCUCAAAACACGGAAUCUGAAGAAGAAGCUUUUAAACGUGUUCAUAGUUUUUUUGAGCGUUUUUUCCCUGCUUUGUUUGGCGUUGAGCCAUUAAGGGUCACUGAUUCGGUAUUGGAGCCAACGUCUGUAAAUGAUAUAAAACAACGCCUUGAAGUCGAACUUCCUCUAGUAAAUAUCGUUGGAAUUGAUUUGGACUCUCCCCCUGGGGAAAAAGGCUGUAUUGCUGUGGGUAAUGGAAGAAUACUGGCCGUAGGUGAGAAAUUUGUAGUAAAACCUCUUGCUGUUUGGCUUUUGGAAUUUAUGCAGAAACACAUUGGUGGAUUGCAGGAGACAGAAAUGCUUUUGAGUGCACUUUUAAGCGGAAUCCAAAUUCUUGUAUAUGGAUGUGAUAGUGUGCAGUGCGCCAAUUUAGCACUUUCAUUAUCUCAGAUCUUGCCACGACCAUUAAGACGCCUUGCAGUUUUUGCAGAAGAGUACUUGAUGCCAUAUGAGAAUAGAAUCAUCAGCUUUAGCGAACGUCUCUGUCAGAGGCAACAGCUGAC